CUACCCUCAUGCGGAAGUGAACUGUGCGCCUGCGCUGAUCGACGCACGUCGUGAAGGCGUCAAUGAAGAAUCAAAACACAGACAGUAUUCGCGUUUUAUGUGUAUUAUUAUCAGUGUAGGAGCAACAAUGAACACGGAUUCAAGAUAAGUUUGUGGUGUGUUAGUUUCUGUUUGUGAGAUGAGUGGGCCACGGAGGUCCAGUAAAGAAGAGUCCGGGUCCGAAUCAAAGCGGCUCUGCACGCGAGUCCCUCCGCAGAUGAGAGCACGUGACUGCAGUCAGCCAGCAGAGGGCAGCAGCAGCUAUGAAGUGUCUGUGAUCAUGCCGGUGUAUAACGCCUCUGAAUGGCUGGAUGAGUGUUUGCAGGCGAUACUCCAGCAGGAUUUCGAGGGCAGUAUGGAGCUUUCUGUGUAUGAUGACGGCAGUUCGGAUAACUCCAGAGAAAUCAUCGAAAGCUGGAGGGAAAGGUUCGAGGAGAGAGGCGUUUCCAUGGUGAUGUCAGGACAUAACUCAGACAGCCCUAAAGGAGUUGGAUUUGCAAAAAACCAAGCAGUGUGUCAGAGCUCUGGACGAUACCUCUGUUUUCAGGACGCGGAUGAUCUCAUGAAACCUCAGAGAGUGAGACUACAACAUGAAACUGCUGUGUUAAACCCCACCACAAUUGUUGGUUGUAAAGUUUGUCGAGUACCUGAAGGCUCCACUGAACGAUACACCAGAUGGAUUAACAGUCUCACACCAGACCAACUCCUCACACAGGUCUACACCUCUCAUGGGCCAACAGUCAUCAUGCCAACUUGGUUCUGCUCACGUGAUUGGUUCAAGAAAGUUGGUCCGUUUAAUGAGGGAGGAAAGGGCGUUCCAGAAGAUUUGCUGUUCUUCUAUGAGAGUCUUCGUCAUGGAGGGGGUGUGGUCAGAGUAGACGACUGUUUACUGGUUUAUCGAUAUCAUGAAAAUGCAGCAACGCAUUCUGUUCUAGAGGAGACGAUCUGGAGACUCCGUGUGGAAUUCCUGCAGGAGCGAGUGCUCAGCCAAUGGGAAUCAUUUACCAUAUGGAAUGCUGGGAAACAGGGACGAAAACUCUACCGCAGCUUAUCUCCGACCAAUCAGAGGAAGGUGAAGGCGUUCUGUGACGUCGAUGAAAACAAAAUCCAAAAGGGCUUUUACACGUAUGAGGAGUCAAAGGAACGUCCUAAACCCAAGAUUCCCGUAGUGCAUUUCAAAAAUGCAUGUGCUCCAUUUAUAGUCUGUGUGAAACUGGACAUGACUGAUGGAGUUAUGGAGGAAAAUCUGCUGUCCUUGAAGCUAAAAGAGGGAAAACAUUAUUACCAUUUCAACUGAACCUAAAACACAAGUGUGUGUGUAUGUGCUGGGAACCUGUUCAUGCUUUACUUCUCAGUAUUUCUGUCUUGAGAGACCUCUCACAUCACUAUUAGCACCUACUUGUAGACACACAUAACCAUACACACAGUGAUGUUUGUUUGCAUUCCUAAUGCCCCAUGUCGCCCUUUUUUCUGGAUGACCUGUCUUACAAACCUCAGGCUUUUUCCCGCAGACCUGCUUGGUUAUCUCAGAAAAAACUGCCUAAAAGCGGCUGAAAUAGAGAAAGAGUCGUUUUAAUGUGUCUUAAAUUAAGUAAUAAUAAUAAAUGAAGUGUUUUCUCUUCUAGUUACAAACAAUGGUAUUUCAGGCAAAUAAGAAAAAAAAGUUUCUUACAGUGAAGACUUGUUUAAUGUUGGGAAAUCAUAGUUAAAGGCAGGGUAGGCAGGAAUUAUCUAAAAAACUUUUUUACAAAUUUGUUUAAACUGUCUUUAUAUACAAAUACAUAAUUAAAAUGUAAGUACUCUGAAAAAGAGAGUAUAAAACUCGAGUGUCUGUAGACCUCUCACGACUGUUUUAAACACAGCUAAUUAUUUCCAUUCGGGACGAAACAAAUGAUUAGCUUGCGCGAAUAUCACUCUCUCUCGCGACCAUGGCACCACCCGUUGCUAUGGGAUCUGCCCACACAUGUGCACACCCGAUUGAUUUGAACGUGCACGAGGCACUCUAGGAAGAGCAAAAGUAUGGCAGAGAAGGUGCAUUCACAACUCACAGAAAGUGCAUAUCCAGUCAGCGAAGGCAAACAAGGCAAAAAAAGGAAUAAACGAAGCAAUCAAAAGAGAGUAAAUAUCGCGUGGCUUUUCCUCGAGUCGAUGAUGCGGUAGCGGUAUUGUCUCCGGAAUGUAGUCCUCAACAGAGUCAACAAUGCUUUCAUCACGGAAACUCUUCCAUGCAAAACACUGGCUUAAUAGUGAGUACUAGAAGCCAUCCUAUCUGUUUAUAUUCAUAGUGAUAAAGUUUAGGUGUAUUAUUACAUGUGAUUGUGACAUGAUGUUGUUACAUGCACCGGGCUCCUUCCUCUCCGCUCCUCUGAGGUAAAUCCUUCUCCCAGCAAAGCUGUCGGUGUCGCGCGUUCAUGUGUUUGGGGGUGUGGCUUUAGAAGAAACCCAGAAGGGAGGGGGUGGAGUGAAUGGAAAAAUGAGCUGUGUUUAAAACAGUGGUGAGGGGUCUACAGACACUCGAUUUUUAUACUCUCUUUUUCAGAGUACUUACAUUUUACUUAUGUAUUGAUAUAUAAAGACAGUUUAAACAUAUUUGUAAAAAAGUUUUUUUAGAUAAUUCCUGCCUAUCCUGCCUUUAACAGGUAAGAUAAGACAGAUGUGGGCACUAGGUAACUUAAGUUCAUUUUCCUUGGUAGAGCUUUGCACAGGUUCGAUCCCAGAAAACACAAAUACGGAUAAAAAUGUGUACCUUGAAAGUCGCUGUGGAUCUAUUUAAGCAGACUUUUUGUAUUUUCUCUGCUGAUUUCAGGUUAAACAGUACGACUGAUUCUGAUUAGAUUUGAUCAAAUCUAUGCUUUCAUGGAUUCUGCAUGUGUGAAGUCCAUGUGCACUGACUGAUGUUAAAGGGGUCAUAUUAUGAGUUUUUUUUUAAAUAAGUCUUUGGUUUUUAGCUCAGAAGACCCACAGACAAUUUAUUAUAGCAUGUUAAAAUUGCCACUUUUUGGGUGUGUCCUUUAAAAUGCAAAUGAGCUGAUGAAAUGCAACUCUGAUCACAAUGAUGGUGGUUUGUUGAAAUUGAAACUCAUUUUUUCUCUCUCGUUUUCUCUGCACUGAAUGGCAGUGCCGUGGUUGGAUAGUGCAGAUUUAGGGACUAUCAUACUACAUACGUCACAGACUUGCUACAUAUGUCACAAAACUGGCGAAAUCUGAAUAACCAAAUUUUUCUGAUGUUUGCAGAGAAUAGUUUACUAAAACUAAGUUACUUUGUUGUUAUUUUUCACGUUUUCUAGGUUGACAGAAGAACUGGGGACCCAAUUAUAGCACUUAAACAUAGAAAAAGUCUAUUUUUUAGCCUGACCCCUUUAAGUCAGGUUGCCUGUAAAUGUGGUAAUUUCAAAUAGUUUAAAGUCAAAGGCAUUUUGACUGAAUCAGGUUGGCUUCACCUAUGAAAGUCAUUUUAAUGUUGAAAUUUGCUAGAAAAUCCAUUUUAAAGGUACAACUGCUCUGUCUGUACAGUGUGGAAUGAAUCUUACGACAUAUUUUGUUUCAAUAUUAUUGUUGUUUUCUUUCAAAUGCUCAUAAUGUUAAGCAGACAUUAUUAGAAUAUUUAUUAUGUGUGUAUUGCUAAAUAAUUGCAGGUAAUUCAUGUCAGACUCUGAUUGGUCAGGAUAGUUUAGCUCUUUUUAGAAAGGAGGGGGAGAUUGGAAUGUGUGUCUGUGUGUGUGUUUUUAUUAAAACAUUAUCUGAGGUCAGCGGGCACGUUCCUCUGUGUCUGUGUGUUUGCGUUUUUGUGUGUCUGUUUGUGUGUUGAGUCUGUCAUCAGUCUUGACGUGUCUCAGGUGAUGAAGCGUGUUGUGUGUGCGUUUCAGAGGGGGGGUCGGGUCAGAGGUCACGACCUGUAAAUAUUUAGGAUGGUGUAGAGAUGAAGGCUCGAUCAUUACAUGUGUCAGUGAAACAUGUCUGUACAUAGAUCACAGACUCUCCUCCUGACGCACAUCACACCUCUUAUGUUUACUGUAUUUAAUAAUGCCUGCACAUUACAAAUAUACCACAUUGCAAUAA